UUAAGACAAAUAUUUUCUCGAUUAAAAUUAAAGUUGGUGGGAAAUAGCGACGUGGCAGAUCGAUUUGAAAUACCCACUGUACAUCGGAAAAGUGUAUUUCUCCGGUUAAAUAUCUCCGGCAACGGUGUCGUAAUCUUUCGCAGCUCGAGAACAUUGCCUGGUUCUAUUUCUUGCUGGGCUCCGGAUUUAUGGGCUCUUAAACCCUAAUUUUGGGCUUUAUUUUCGGGACUUUUUCUCAAUCCGCCUCCUUUUUGUCACACCGUUUUCGAAGCUUCUUCUCUGUAAUCACAUCGGAAGAGGAACAGUCACGGCGAUCGAUCGGAAAACCUUUUAAAGAUGCUUUCCGGCGCGGUGGCUAUUAGACGGAGACGCGGAUUGAUGCUUCGUCUAGGCAGAAAUUUCGCCGCCAGAUCCUUUUGCUCUUCUUCUUCUUCUCCAUUAUCUGAUCAUGAAUGUUUUAUUAAGGACAUAGCCAAAGCUCAGCCUCCUAAGCAUCUGACUCAGCUGCUGAGUAUAUACAAAGCUAGAGGCAAAUCCAUAGUUUCUCCUGGUGCAAAGCAAGGCUUGUUGCCUCUUACUAUCCCAUUGGUGAGAAUCAGCCCGGGUUCUUCGAUUGCUCUACUACGGUGGCCAACAGCUCGUCCUAGUAUGGAGAUGCCUGUGGUUGAAGUUCAGAAACAUGGGGUUUGGUUUUUAGCCAAUAAUGUUGACCAGUUCAUUCACAGAAUAUUGAUGGAAGAAGAUGUUUCUAAACCCGAAGAAUCCAGUCAAGUAAUCUUCGAUGCUGCAGGUGAAGCUGGGAAGAAAAUUUACAGUAAAGGUGACUUUGCCAGGUCAGAACUGAUGGAUUUAGAUAUCUAUCUCUUAAGAAAGGUUGGACUGUUUCCGGAUUCUCUAGAACGAAAAGUUAUUCGACAUAUCGAGAAUGGAGACCAUGUUUCAGCUUUGGUGGCUGCCGAGUUUUAUACAAAGAGAGGGAACUUCCCCGGAUUUGCCCGGCCUUUUGCUUUCAACGCAAAGGUUUUGCUGAAGCUUGGGCGUAGCCUAGAAGCAAAAGAUGCGGCUAGGGGUGCUCUGAAAUCUUCGUGGUGGACCUUAGGAUGCAGAUACGAGGAAAUUGCUCGAAUAGCAGAGUGGGGAGAAGAAAAAAUUGUGCAGUACAAAGAGAGAGUUACAGGAGAAGGAAGAAAACGAGAUAUUGACCGGGGAAAGCCAAGGGCCCAGGCAUCUUUCGACGAGGCUGGGUACUUACUGGAUCUAGCGUCGCUUGAAGGGACAUGGGACGAGUCACUGGAACGGGUUGCUCAGUGCUACAAGGAAGCUGGACUAGAAGAUAUCGCCAACUUUGUUCUGUACAGAGAUUGAGAAGUCUCUUUUAAUAGUCACUCCAUCAACAAUUAGUGAUGUUUUCUUUGAGACUUGAGAUGACAUGGAAUCGAAUGAUCUUUGCAUUCGGUGUCUACAUUUGAGAUUUAUCUAAACCCUGCGAAAGAUAGAUUCAUUGGGUCAAAGAUUACUGAUU